CCCCGCCCCCGGCCCGUGCGUCCAGGCUGGCGCAGCGCUGCGCCCCCUCUGCGCCGGCCUCUGCGGCUGCGCGCUGGCGGGGCUGAGGCCGAGGGGUGGGGGUCGCGCCGGGGGCGGCGGAGCUCCUGUGGCGGCAGCGGUGGUAGCGGGAGAGUGAGCGAGACUAGCGGCCGCUGGCACACCCAGAGCGAACGGAGGAAGCGGUCAUGUCUCGCUACACGAGGCCCCCCAACACCUCCCUGUUCAUCAGGAACGUCGCGGAUGCCACCAGGCCUGAGGACUUGCGCCGUGAGUUUGGUCGAUAUGGCCCUAUAGUAGACGUUUACAUUCCACUUGACUUCUACACUCGCCGCCCAAGAGGAUUUGCUUAUGUUCAAUAUCCUUUAUUUUAUUGUCUGGUCAUAUUUGAAGAUGUUCGAGAUGCUGAAGACGCUCUUUAUAACCUCAAUAGAAAGUGGGUAUGUGGCCGUCAAAUUGAAAUACAGUUUGCACAAGGUGAUCGCAAAACACCAGGCCAGAUGAAAUCAAAAGAACGUCAUCCUUGUUCUCCAAGUGAUCACAGGAGAUCAAGAAGCCCCAGCCAAAGAAGAACUCGAAGUAGAAGUUCUUCAUGGGGAAGAAAUAGGAGGCGGUCAGACAGCCUUAAAGAGUCUCGACACAGGCGAUUUUCUUAUAGCCAGUCUAAAUCUCGUUCCAAAUCAUUACCAAGGCGGUCUACCUCAGCAAGGCAGUCAAGAACUCCAAGAAGGAAUUUUGGCUCUAGAGGACGGUCAAGGUCCAAGUCCUUACAAAAAAGGUCCAAGUCAAUAGGAAAAUCACAGUCAAGUUCACCUCAAAAGCAGACUAGCUCAGGAACAAAAUCAAGAUCACAUGGAAGACAUUCUGACUCAAUAGCAAGAUCCCCGUGUAAAUCUCCCAAAGGGUAUACCAAUUCUGAAACUAAAGUACAAACAGCAAAGCAUUCUCAUUUUCGGUCACAUUCCAGAUCGCGAAGUUACCGUCAUAAAAACAGUUGGUGAACAGCAACAGAAAGAGCACCACGCAGUCUUUAAUAUAAGUUAUUAAACUCUCAUUAUGUUAAAUAAAAAUUCUUUAAGGCAU